CGGCCGGCGUCGCCUUCAGAGGAGUCCACGACCACCGAGUGCAGAAAUCCCGGUUGCCAUGGCGUCGGUCAGCGACAGCGGGGAGCAGCCCGACCAGGCGGUUCCUGACGGAGACGAGGAGGACAGGAGCGUCCGAGGGGUCCAGUCUCAUUACCUGCGCUGCCCCUCUCCCAGUUUCUCGAUGGCGUCCGAGUCCAGAUUCUCCAUGAUCUCCGGCUCGGAGACCGACAGCAUCUUCAUGGAGCCCAUCCACCUCUCCUCGGCUGUCGCCGCCAAGAAGAUCAUCAACGAGGAGCUCCCGCCGCGCGGGCCGCGCAGCACGUCCAUCCCGGAGUCCAUGCUGGAGACGGCCGACCAGCUGAUGGUGGAGGACCUCUACAACCGCGUUAGGGACAUGAUCGACGACCGCAGCCCCUACAACACGCCCUGCGUGCUGGACAUCCAGAGGGCCAUGGUGCAGGACCGCCUGGAGGCUCCCAGCAACCCCGUGGACGAGGUGUUUCCCAACAUCUUCAUCGCUGAGAAGUCUGUUGCGGUCAACAAGUCCCGUCUGAAGCGCAUGGGCAUCACCCACGUCCUGAACACGGCCCACGCCACCGGCGUCUACACCAACGCCUCCUUCUACGCCGGCAUGAGCAUCCAGUACAUGGGCAUCGAGGUGGACGACUUCCCCGACGCCGACAUCUCGCCGCACUUCCGGCCGACCGCCGAGUUCCUGGACGACGCGCUGCUCACGCACAAAGGGAAGGUCCUGGUGCUCUCCAUGAUGGGCGUGAGCCGCUCCGCCGUGGUGGUGGCGUCCUACCUGAUGAUCUUCCAGGGCAUGACCAUCAUGGAGGCCCUCACCGCCAUCCGGAAGAAGCGUCCCGUCAACCCCAACGAGGGCUUCCUGAAGCAGCUGCGGGAGCUCAACGAGAACCUGCAGGAGGAGCGCGACGACGACGACGACACGCUCAGCCAGUGCUCGGUGAUCGACGCGCGAGCCCGCGCCCGGAUCUUCGGGGAGGCGGGGGCCGACGAGGACGACGAAGACGAGGACACGGACACGGAGGAGGAGCAGAGCAUGGUGGGAGUGAAGGCUCAGUCCAUCAUGAUGGAGGAGGAGGAAGACGCGGCGAGCGUGAUGAGCAGCGUGGCCUCCUCCGCCGCCGCCGCCGCGCUCCGAGCCGGACUGGUCCCUAACGGAGCGGAGAACCAGAGCCACGAGCAGGCGGCUCUCCCGGAGCAGAACGGCGGGGGGGAUGGCGAAGACGACGACGAAGACGGCCUGGGCGGCAUGAUCCGCGAGUGGCAGCGCCGGAACGAGAAGUACCAGAACGACGACUGGUGGGAGGCCCAGCUCCACAGCGACGAGGAGGACGGGGACGCGUCCGUAGCAGACGCCGACCUGGAGAGCGUCACCAGCGAGGACGUCAGAGCCGUCAAGCAGCGGCUGAAGCGCCGUAGCAAGCGUCCUCCUUCGGAAGCGGCGUCCACCUCCAGCUGCAGCAGCUACUCCGACCUCUGGAGGCAGCGGCUGAAGGAGAUCGAGGAGCAGGCGGCGGCUCGCUACCGGCAGAGGGAGGACGAGGAGGGCAGCGAGAGCACCGCGGCCGAGGCCGACGGGGGGAAGAAGGUGGACGAGGACGUCAACAGCAUCCUCUCCGACUCCAGCUCCCUGUACAACUUCUGUCAGAGGAACCGGGAGAAGAUGACGCCGCUGGAGCGCUGGCGCGUCAAGCGGAUCCAGUUCGGCUGGAACAAGAAGGAUCGCGAGGACGGGGAGAAAAGCUCGGCGGGCGAAGGUGAAGAGGAGGCCAAGGCGCCGUCCCUCCAGGACGUCAACCUGACGGCGUACCAGUCGUGGAAGAUGCGGCAGCAGAAGCGCCUGGGCGAGCCCAACACGGACGAGCUGCUGGAGCUGGGCCGGGGCGAGGACGCCGCCACCGUCAGGAGGAGGCAGAGACGCGAGGAGCUUCUGGAGCGCUCCAAGAAGACGCUGGAGGAGAGUCAGUCCAUGUGCGGCUGGGAGGCCGAGAGCAGCGUCAGCGGCGGCACCAUCCCGCUGUCCGCCUUCUGGGCCGGCGCCGGGGUCACCGGGGUCGCCGGCCCGCCGAGCGUCGCCGGCGACGACAACGCGUCCGUGCUCAGCGGCAGGUCUUCCGCCAUAUCCUCCGUUUCCCAACCCCGCGGUGCACGGUCCUCCCAGUCCGCGGUCGGGCCGGUCCCGCCGGUCCCGCCCAUCCUCCCGGUUCCCACUAUGCAAGGUCCCGGGGGAGAACCGAUGGUCAAUCUGUCCAGCAUCCAGAACUGGAUCGCCAACGUGGUCUCGGAGACGAUCAAGCAGAAGCAGAGCGAGAUGAGCCUGCCGCCGCCGUCACGCGCCGGGUCCGAGCUCAGCUUCGGCGCCGCCCCCAACGCGCUGGCGGGCCGCGGCGCCGACGACGACAGGGCAUCCCUGCUCAGCGGUGCGUCCUACUCCAGGAGUCACGUCCAGGCGCCGUCCGUCCUCUCCGGCGCGGGCUCCAGCAGCGUCUCCGGCCUCAGCGGCCGGGGCUCCGCCCUCGGCUCCACCUACAGCUCCGCCCUGGGCUCCAGGAAAACCAAGAUCACCACCACCAGCGUCCCGCUCUUCAGCCUCUUCCAGGACCAGGUGGACCUGGGAAAGCUGGACGCCAUGGACAAGGAGAUGAAGACGGAGAUGAGGGGCAAGAUGGCCACCUACGAGAAGAAGAAGAUCCUGGAGGACAACAAACGCAGCACUCUGUUCAAGAAGAAGAAACCAAAGGAGGACGGAGAUGAGGAGGAGGAGGAGGAAAGGAAGAAGAGGGAAGAGGAGUUUCUGGAAGAGGCAAAGAAGAAGGAGAAGCCAAAGAGGACAUACGGGCUCUCGGGGUGCCUGAACCUCAACCCGGCGCUGGAGAGAGACAAGAACACCAGCAUCGAUGACUGGCUGAGGAGCGUCAGACCUCCGCCCAGAAAGCCGUCCUCGGGGGAGGAAGAGGAUCCAGCAGAGGAUCCGUACGACGAUCUGGACGCCUCCGCCUCGGAGUUUGACUUCUCCAGCAGAAGGGCGUCUUACGCCCGCGAGGAGGACGAGGAGGAGCCGUACGCUGCGUCCUCCAGGUACCAGUCCAGGCUGCGGGGAGAUGCUCCGAGCGAAGGCAGGUACACCGACGCUUCCUCCAAGAGAAAGUUCACUCAUCAGGAGGACGCCGUCGGCGACGAGGAGGACGACAUCUCCGCCUUCAUCGCCCAGACCAGACAGAGGAUCCGCGCCCGCGCCGCGGCCGAGGCCGAGGACGACGAGGUGCUGGCUGCGUGGAGGGCCCAGCAGGACGCCAGGUCUCAGAGCCGGAGCGACUCGGCAGCGUGACGACCCCCGGGUCGCGUCUGUGACGUUCACAGAGUCCAAACACGAACAUCUGAUGCACUAUUGUUCACGAAAGCAGUGUGGGCUUCACACCCGCAAGGGAAGAGACGCAUUAAUUUUCUCCUCACGCCUUGAAGUUCAGACUCCUCGCCGGAGCCGGCCGGCGGUGAUGAUGCGUUGCCCUCGGUUACGGCGUCCUCGGCACCUGUGUGGAAGGUUUGGUUUGUUUUAUUCAGGAUCCCCAUUAGCAUUAGCAACAGCAUUAGCUAUUCUUCGUGGGGUGCGACAUACACACAACACACAAAUUAACACUUAAUACAUAACAGACACACAUUAUACAUGACAAACAAAACAAUAAUAGACACAACUCCCUUAGUCACAAACAACACAGAGGAUAAAACGAAAUCACCAUCAUUCUCAGACAUAAAUACAUAGAAAUAAAAUCAAAUAAAACACUUUCAUAAACAAUACCUGCCUGAAAUGAUCUUAUCUUAGAAUUCUUGACCACUUUUCACCUUUAUUGUGAUAGGGUUUCCACUAGCCUACCUGUAAUCCUAUCCAAACUUCAUUCUGUUCCUUCUACUGUAAAUGUCAAAUCAUCAUUCAUUAAGAUAUUUUUUCAACUGAAACCAAUCUUUGCUACCUGCAUGAGAAAUACCGUAUUGUCCCGAAUACAAGACAGUGUUUUUUGCAUUGAAAUAAGACUGAAAAAGUGGGGGUCGUCUUACAUUCGGAGUCUAGACAUUAUACCCAUUUACACCGCUAGAUGGCGCCAGAUAUCUUUAAAGCGAAUGCUGAAAUUAACUCCCCAGGCCAAAGCGAACCUCUGUCACGAAGAAGAAAAAUAAAAAUAGCAGUAGCAUGAAGAAGAAAAAUAAGAAAUAGCAGUAAGAAAGAAAAGAGAAGAAAAUAACAGAAAAGGAGAAAUGUAGCGACAAUCUGGAGAAAAGUGGGUCGAAGAAGUUAUGAUGCAAACUUCAAGAUCAUGAUUUGAAUGAGGCAAAAUAACAUGCUUUUUCUUUCGAAUAUAUUGUUAUAAUCAUUUGUUUCAGAUGUACUGUAAUUAUUUUCUGUAUAAAAAUUUAAUUUGGUGUUUAAAAAGUAUUUUUUCAAAUUUGAGUCUUGUAAAGGGGGUCGUCUUACAAUCGGGGUCGUCUUAUAUUCGGGCCAAUACUGGUAUAGAGUUCCAGCCAGGUGAUUUAGUGCAAAUCCCCUGGCUGGAUGGUGUGAAAAAGCUUUAUAAAAUAAUUUUCCAAUUUGUACUUGCACAAAACUUUAUUGUUGAAAUAAAAUGUUAUGAAA